AUGCUUUUAGGUCCGCUGGCUCCUCGCAACCCAAUUUGUAUGGCCCCUGCGACGGCCUCGAGGGCCGGGCAAUGCUCGAUUUGUGGCAGCCCCUCUCAUGGGCUUCAUUUCGGGGCCAUAAGCUGCAGGGCCUGUGCUGCGUUUUUCAAACGUAGCAUUGACAUGAAAAGAAUCUACACUUGCCGGCGAUCAGGUGGAAAUUGCGACCUAACCCUCGAUGUUCGAUGUAUAUGCAGAUCUUGUCGAUUUAAUAAGUGCCUAGCGAUGGGCAUGAAUAUUGGUGGCGAACCUGUUCUAAGCGAUUCAACCUGCACAUCAAGUUCAAGCAGCCUCGUCGCAUCUCCCCCAGACCCAACCAUCCUAACAACUCAAUUUAUAACAAUUACCAAAGCAGCAGAAGCCCUACAACGAUUAUAUCAAACAUUUACUCGGGCAACACCGCACUUUAAACGCCCCAACCAUCCGAUCACUUUUGAUCAGGUGACCGAAUACAGCGCCUUGUACACAAAAAACCUCCCCGAUUUCAUCAAAAUUUCAUUCCCGGAUAUUGAUGAGCUAUCGACACAUGAAUUUGUAAAAUUAUGUAACAACUUUGCCAUAAAAUUCAUCUUUUUUGAAAGUGGAACUCACUCGGCAAAAUCCCAUGCAAUGGAUCGGAUAGUUUUCUAUGAUGGAAAUUUUAUUGAUUUUAACAACCUGGAGCACUACUUUUCUAAUUUUGACGUAGUACAGUUCACACCGUCUGACGCGGCACGAAUACACCUUCCCUCGUUUUUGAAUUUUGCAAAAACACUGACGAAGCCGUUAAUGUUAAUGGAUACGUCAGAAUUUGAGCGUGCUGCACUACUGAUGCUUGUCUUUUUCGAGCCCGGACUUCCUCAACUUACCGCUCUCACAGAUGAGAAAUUGUUAAGAGCACGGGAUAAAGUUUUAAAAGAGCUUGCUAGCUACUAUAAAAUAACUAUGGCCAACCAAAGCUAUCCCAGGCGUAUGUCACAACUAUUAAUGCUUAUACCGUGUUUAGAGAGAGUUGUCGACACUUUCAAAGAAGAUAUGCGAAUCAACAAAGUAUUUGGAGAACUGGAUGCAUCAUUGGCAAAGUUGACGUUGGAACAGGAAAACAAACCUGAAGUGGAAGUGGAAAAAGAAGAGGAAGAGGAAGCUGAUACCCAACACGAAGGAAAUGUGCAGAAAGUCUCGCAACUGCCUCCCGGGUUCACGAAAGCCGAUAGUUCGGAUGAAGAUGAGGGUUGGCUGACCGCAGACUCGUUGGAUACUGCAUUGAGCAAAUUGGGAGCUAUUGAGCUAUGUGACGGUGCCGAGGUUGGAUGUAUUACGACAGAUUAUGCUGUGCAGAAUGUGUUGCUUCAUAUGCACCUUGAGCUGAUCUCCCUUUCCGGAUACCGUAUCCAAAAGCUCCAAACCUACGUCCUCAGAUGCCGUGCUUGUUUCAGCACCACUAGCAAUAUGAUGAAAGAAUUUUGCCCGAAAUGCGGUAACAAAUCGCUGCAUAAGUGCGCAGUCACAAUGGACAAGGAUGGAAAAGAAGUUUUGCACGUUAACUGGAAUCGCCUGACAAAUCUGCGAGGAUUGAAAUACAGUAUGCCAGCGCCAAAAGGCGGCAAGCACGCGGUUGUUGAAAAGAUUGUUGAGGAUCAACGAAUGCCAGAUCAACGAAUGGCAAAAGCUCGCGGCCAAAUCGGAGCCCGACCCGAGGGCCUGAGCGGUGACAGCCCGUUCGCUCUCCAUGAUUUGCAUAGCAGGAGUGCGGCACUUGGAAUGAACGUUCAAAUCAAGCACAAUACCAGACCCCGAAACCCGAACGAAGUGCGCCCGAAAACCGGAAACAAGCACAAAAAGGCGCAC